AUGGCGGGUUCUUCCAUACUCACUCCUGAAAGGAGAAUUGAGUUGAAUCCGUUUGACAUCGACGCUUGGAAUUUAAUUCUGCGAGAGUCACAGGCACGUCCAAUUGAUCAGGCGCGAAACUUUUAUGAAAAGUUGGUAACACAGUUUCCAAACGCUGGACGCUACUGGAAGGCAUACAUAGAACACGAGCUCCGUGGGAAAAACUUCGAGAAUGUCGAGAACUUGUUCAAUCGAUGUUUGGUGAAAGUUUUAAAUAUCGAUCUUUGGAAAUGCUACGUUUUCUACGUUCGAGAAACGAAGGGUCAUUUGAGCUCUUUCAGGGAGAAGAUGGCUAAAGCGUAUGAUUUCGCACUUGACAAGGUCGGCCUUGAUAUGAACUCCUACUCAAUCUAUUCGGACUAUAUUUCAUUCUUGAAAACUGUGCCAGCCGUUGGUCAAUAUGCUGAAAAUCAGCGCAUAUCAGCCGUGCGUAAGAUUUAUCAGCGAGGAAUUUCCACACCUAUGGUGAACAUAGAGUCGCUAUGGACUGAUUAUUGCGCUUAUGAGAAGAACAUUAAUCCAACGCUAGCCGAAAAACUUAUUUCUGAGCGCAAUAAGGAAUAUCAGGUUUCAAAGAAGAUAGCAAAGCAAUUGGAGACAGUCACCCGAGGGGUUAAUAGGCAAGCUGUAUCGGUACCCCCGCGAGGUACUGCUCCAGAGAUGAAACAGAUGCUCACUGUUGAUGGUUCGUUCAAUUCACCCUGUUAUGGGAUGGGAGCCUCUGCCUCCUAUGACUACUUUUCUGUCAGUUCAACGGCUCUUUGCGCUUCGUGUUCCCCAUGUUCAAACGGUCAGAUGUUCGACGAUUUAUGGAGAAGAUGGCUAAAGCGUAUGAUUUCGCACUUGACAAAGGUCGGCCUUGAUAUGAACUCCUACUCAAUCUAUUCGGACUAUAUUUCAUUCUUGAAAACUGUGCCAGCCGUUGGUCAAUAUGCUGAAAAUCAGCGCAUAUCAGCCGUGCGUAAGAUUUAUCAGCGAGGAAUUUCCACACCUAUGGUGAACAUAGAGUCGCUAUGGACUGAUUAUUGCGCUUAUGAGAAGAACAUUAAUCCAACGCUAGCCGAAAAACUUAUUUCUGAGCGCAAUAAGGAAUAUCAGGUUUCAAAGAAGAUAGCAAAGCAAUUGGAGACAGUCACCCGAGGGGUUAAUAGGCAAGCUGUAUCGGUACCCCCGCGAGGUACUGCUCCAGAGAUGAAACAGGUGGAAAUGUGGAAGAAGUAUAUCCAAUGGGAAAAGAGUAACCCAAUGGAGACGGAGGAAUACGGGCAAUUCGCUAGACGCGUGGUGUACGCUUACGAACAGUCUUUGUUGUGCUUGGGCUAUUAUCCCGAUAUGUGGUAUGAGGCGGCAUUAUUUCUGCAGCAAGCAGGAAAACAGCUCGAAGAAAAAGGCGAUGUUAAGCUUGCUCAACAAAUGACUGCGGAGGCAAUGCAACUCUUUGAUCGAGCGAUAUCUGGGCUUAUGAAACAUUCACAGCUGCUCUAUUUCGCAUAUGCAGACUUUGAAGAAGAACGAAUGAAGUUUGAUAAUGUCAAGAAGAUCUACGAUAAUUUGCUGGCAAUAGACCACAUCGAUCCUACUCUUGUAGAAGACAAUAAUACACGAGUAGUAUUCGAACGCAUUCUCACUUCUGAAACUCUUCCUCAGGAGAAGUCGUCAGAUAUUUGGGAUCGCUAUUUGGAAUUUGAGUCCCUCGUAGGAGAUUUGGCAAGUACUCUAAAAGUUGAUGAAAGACGCAAGGAAGCUGUUACGGGUGGAAAGGAUCUCAUGAUUUGGAUCACGGGGGGUGUGUUCCCACCGCCGCCUGCAAUAGCCAGAACUUAUUUCCCUGCUACCGCCACCGUGGACCUUUCAAGGGCCAUUCGUUUCAGUGGAUUUGUCAUCGAGUCGCUCCUAUCAAUAACAAUGGCUGCUAAGCUCACUGGGCCUGUGCUGGACAAAAAAGUGAAAAUUGAGAACGGUACAAUGGUUGGCCCGAUGAGAGUUGACGAUGUACGAAAAGACAUGUAUCAGUUGCUUGCAACAACUCCAGAUCCUCGUUUUGUAUCGACGCAUCUGAUGGAAUAUCCCGCGAGUACCAUUGCUUCCUCUAUAGGUGGUAAAAGGAAACGAGGCGAGUCGGGUAGUGAUGACGAAUCUAGGGGAGUACCUACAGACAUCUAUAAACGACGUAUGGAUAUGAAAGCUGCACAGCAUUGA